AUGAGCGACAACAAAGACGGGGACGUGCUCUACGCUGACUCUGGAGGCAAUGUGACUCUGCGUUGUGUCUACACCUCCAGUGCCUCCCAUCUGAACUGGUACAAACAGGUUCCAGGAGAGCCGCCGCAGAUCGUAUCCUCUUUUUACAAACAUCAUGCCGACUCCAGGACCUUCCACAAGCAGUUUAAGGACAACAAGCGAUUUUCAGUCCACACCGAGGAAGGGCUCUACAAUCUGAAGAUCUCCGAUGUCCGAGACUCUGAUUCUGCUCUGUACUACUGUGGCUACACCAGCGUCUCCAUCACCGAGUUUAAGAACGGAACAUUUUUAUUGCUGAAAAAUUCCAGCUGCAAGACUUUCCUCCGCCAGCCGGAUUCCGUCUCUGCCCAACCAGGAGGCUCUGUGACUCUGAGCUGCACCAUACUGACUGGAACCGUGAACGGAGGCCACAGCGUUCACUGGUUCAGGAAGAACUCGGAGGGAUCCGGUUUGGGAACGUUGUACACAACGAAACGGAGCAGCGGUCCGUGUGCAAGGAGCCCAGAGGACGGUCCUGCUGUCCACCGCUGUGUGUACAGCUUACCGAGGAGGAACGUUACCAUGUCUGAUGCCGGGAUGUACCACUGCGUUGUGGCUUCGUGUGGACAGAUUCUAUUCGGGCCAGGAACAAUACUAAAUGUGGGAGCCCUGGAUUUCAAACUGAAGCCAGAUACAAAGAACAGACAGAAGAACCGAGAGGAGGAACCAGUUUACUCCAGAGUGAAACACUCCAACCAGAAGUGA